AUGGCAAAGGACAACCCGAACGGGGCGACGAGAGCCAAGAGCGCACUCGAGCAACUGCCCACUGAGAUCACGCAGCACAUCUUUGGCUAUCUCGACCUCCGAGGCGUUGACAACCUUGCAUUGACCUCGAAACAACUCUAUGCGACCUUGAAACACGGAGAACGCACAAUUCUCUGUCAGUGGAUAGAGAGCCACAUUGAACCCGAGCUCAUUUCCCUCGCGAUGGUUUAUCUUGUGGCGAAACGUGCUGCCUGGAAGCCAACUAUCGGUGAACAUAUCCAAGGGACAUGGAGAGAGUUGUGCAGCCACAUUUCAAAGUUCGGCAAGCAAUACCUUGCUAAAGAAGCAUUACAGCUGACUCAGGUGCCGGCCGAAGUCGACCGCACCUUGGCCGUGCGGAUGGUGUCUGUCCACCGAGCCAUUCUGGCUCAUUCCAGAUACUACUUCAGCUUCGUCACACUUUUCGACCCCUCUCCAACCGAGCUCUUCCGAUUCCAUCGCAUCAUGUACAUCAUGGAGAUCAUCCGAAUCCUAAUCCCGGUUGUGCCACCGCGAGGAGAGCCUGACCCGAUUGUUCUCUUCCUUGGCACCGAGAUCAAUAAGGACCAGGAGCCGUUGGUAGAUGCCUUUGACGAGCAUAGCUUGUUCUGGGACAGGGAGAGAGUCGAUAAGGAAACGCCAUACCUUGCAGGAACUCAGCGUUUCGUCACAGCUGACGAGGUAGCCAGCGGAGCAGAUGGCAUAAUGCUGGAUUUCCGUUUGCACGAUUCUUGUUCCGAACUCAGGACAUAUAAUGACCCCUCUGCCUGGUUGGACCAAUGGCUAUGA